UGGCUCCAGCCACGCCUUUCUUUCGGCGGUGAGUCAUGGCGCAUGGAGGAAGAUGUGACCAAAGCCACGGAGGCCCUGCUGUCCUGGGGCGAGGCAGCCUUGGGCUGCCCGAGUGGCGGCUGCGGCGGCCCCGGCGGCCCGACCUCGGUGGCCUUGGCUGUGGCGAAGUUGGAAGAUCCGGAGAUGAAGCGGCUCCAUCAGGAGCUUCAGCAGCUCGAGGCCGAGGCCGCGGCCGCGCGGCGCCGGCGCUUGGCGGAGCGCAUCUCGGCGGCGGCCUGCGAGGCGGACCUCGCGCGGGCGGAGGAGGCCCCGGAGAUGCGCUCCGAGCGCCAGGAGCUGGAAAGCAUGGAAAGUGAGGCGGCUGAGACGGCUGGCGCUCUCAAGAGGUGCGAUCUGCGACUGCAAGAGGUCCAAAGAUACCUCAAAGGCCGCGCGAGCCCCGGCAGCCCCGGCAGCCCCGGCGGCGCAGAGGCGCACGCGCAGCUGCUGCGGGCGCUGGAGGCGGAGGAGCUGCGCGCGGAAGAGGAGAUCCGCGGCCUCCGCAGCGAGCUCCAAGAGGAGCGCGGGGGCCUGGUCGAUGACCUGCGCUGCCGCCUGGCAGUGCUUGAGGAGAGGAAAGAGCAGACGGCCCAGAAAGCCAAGGAAUGCAGCAUGCUGCGCAGCACAGCAGCGAAGUUCAAAGAUCAGCUUCAGCGCUGCAAUGGUCGGGUUGGUGAGCUGGAGGCCGCAUUGGCUUCACUGACGAAGGUCCUGAGCACGGUCUCUGCGGAGCUGGAAGCGCUCGAGCUUCAGAAUGCGGCUCUCAAGGCGGACACCCAUGCUGACCAUGCUGACAGCUCCGGAACCUUGGAAGCCUUGAAGGUUGUCCAGGAGAGGCAGCAAGAACUUUCCGAAGAGUUCAGGGAAAGUUUGGAGGCCAGUACGACGGAUGACCUGGAGAGAUGCUUGCAGGAAUCGCGUGCGCAGAAGGAGCACCUCAAGGAGGCGCUGGCGGAGGUGCAUGCACGCCUCAUCGGCGCCGAGCGAUGCGAAGAGCUGCAGAGGUCUGCCUUCGAGAUGAGGGACGAGAUUCACGCUUUGACCCUGGCCGAGGCCGAGAGAAAGGAAUCCUCGGAGCUUCAGAGGGCUGAGGUGAAGGUGGCGGAAGAGGCAUUGGUGGAUGAUCUCCGCGCGAAGCUGGAAGCGAGGGAGCGGCGAGUUCAGCUUCUGGCUGCGCGACUCCGGCAAACUCAGGCCACAAGCUGGCCGAUCAGCCGUCCUCAAUUCUCGUGAGUGGGGUGAGUGAACGGGAUCCUUUGCAGUCGAGUAGGACUUUCCGUGAGUGGGAGAAGACACUGC